AUGACCGUCAUCAUCAAUAAGAAUGAAUAAAAAAAAGAAAGGAUUAAAAAGCAACAAAAAAAAAAUUCAUGAAUUUUCUAAAAUGGGACAAACUUUGCCUUUUUUCAUCACCAUCAUCGUGGAUUUUUUUUAUGAUAGAAUCAACAUCACAUCCAAAAUGCGUAUUCGAAUUCAGAAUGUAUAUGAAGCGAUCCAUCGAUGAAGAGAAAAAAAUGAAUAUAAAUUCAACAAAAAGAAAAAAAAAUCAUUGAUCUGAUUACGGAAAGGAGAAUCGAAUCAAUCAAUUUAUUCAUUUUGUUAUUUUGCCGAUGGCCAAUAAUGAAUGAUUUUUUGUCACAUGUUUAUGACAUACAUCCUUUUUUUUCCAUAUAUACAAAUGAUGCAUAUGUAUGACAAUUUUUUUAUUAUUAUUAUUAUUGAUGGUCAUAUCCCGCCAAGAGAAAAAUAAACGUCUCUCCAUCAUCCACGUUAAUACACAAUUUAAUAAGAACCGAUAUCAUAAGAGAGGAGAUUCGUCGUUUUUUUUUUACUUCGUAAUCGCCAGAUUCAAUUAUUAUAUCGAAUUAUUUGUGUCAAUGAUAUGAAGAAAGAGAUAGAAGAAAAAAAAACAGAUUUACAUCGUUCAUUCAUUUAUGAAAUUCAUUGUGUACUGUGUGGUGGUGAUGGUGUUGUUGGUGGAUGAAAAGAAUUUAAUUUUUCUUUUUUUUUUGAAUUUUUUAUACAAUAUGAAAUCAUCGGCUAUUAUUAGUAUAUUGAUUCUGUUGAUAAUCAAUAAAACAAUUGAAUCUGCUAGUGUACAUCGACGAAAUGGUGGUGGUGGUGGUGGUGGUGGUGGUAUAAAAAACAAUUCGACAAUGAAACCAUUUCGUUGGAUAUUGGAUAAACCACAAUGUUUAGAACGACAACGUAUGGCACAAGUAGAUCUUUAUAUUGAACGUAUGAUUGGUUUUGGUAGAAGAGGACGACCAUUUCCGGAAAAUGGAGCACAAUUAAAACCUUAUUGCAAUGAAACACGUGUUAUGGUUAAAUAUAUUGAUGAAUAUCUUCAUGAAUGUUAUGAACGUGAUAUACAAAAAUUGGCCAAUAUUGUUCUGUAUACAUUGAAACGUAACAUUCGAUAUUUUUGUAAUAAAAAACCAACGAAUAAAAAAUUAAAAAAUCUAUUGAAAUUAGCUGGAUGUCUGAAUACAAGAAUUAAAGAUGAUGAUUGUAUAGUGGGCAUGAUGAACAGUACAUCGGCAUUGAUACCAUCGGGUAUAAGUAGUAAAGAAAAAAUUAAAUAUGUCUGUUGCUACUAUGCUGAAUUAGUACGUUGUGGUGAUGAAUGGAUGGAUACAAUACCAUGUAUACAUAAUGAUAAAGAAAUUGCAUUAGAUUUUUUACGUGGACUUUCUAGUGAUAUCAUAUCAGUGGCUUGCAGUGAUUAUAAUGAAUUUACAAAUCGUUGUGAUCAUCUGAAACCAUUGGAACUUAAACAACAUCAACUAGCUAAACGUAAAAAAUAUGGUUCAAUAUUGAAUAUUAUGAUUGAUACAAUUGAAUCGAUGGAUGGUUUUCUUUAAUUUUAAUUACAAUAAUAAUAAUAAUUAA